UUACAGAGACCUUCUGUUGCUGUUACGCUCCAAAGAAAGCCGCGCGGUUCUUCUACAACAUUGACGACGAGAUCUGAAAGAGGAACUGGCAAUCCAAGCCAUGCUAUCUGAAUGCGAUUCAGAAGGUUCGGGGGACGAAUCUACCUUUUGCCCUAUCCCCCUUCGCGCUACCCUUACCACUGCUGGUGUUCCUCCCACAAGCUCUCAGCGCGACUUGUCCAGUGUUGAUGUCGGUGAUGAUGACGAGGACGACUCUUCGCCCGAGGAUGAGCCCUGCUCGGAGCCCGACUUACCAGAUGAUCGCCAUUGUCGUCCUGGCGGAUGUCAGUCGGAAACAGCUGGCGAUAGGAAGAAGGUUGGCAUCGAGUAUAUCCAACAGAGACAAAAGAGGACCAGCGCUUUUCGCAAACGGAAAUCGGGGCUAAUGAAAAAGGGAUACGAGCUUGGCAAGCUGACUGGGGCGGAGGUACUGGUGGUGGUGGUGCGCGAAGGAAUGAUGUUCUCGUACGGCACACCGAAGCUGCGCUGCCUGCUGCAGAUUCCCAGCGGCAAGGAGCUGCUGCGUCAGUGCGUACAGUCACCGCUCAGCGCCACGGACAACGCCGACGGUAGUGAUGGCGACGGUGACAAGAGCGCGACCGACGACGUCGACCAGUGGAAGCGGCAUCAGAUCAAGCAGGAGCUGACGGGGAGCCCACCAAGCCGUAAACGGUGCUACGCUUGUAGUUGCGACGGAGAUGACGAUACCGCUCUGCCUCCGGUAUCUCAGUUUUCUUCCCUGCCGCCAUCGUCCAGCGACUUGCCACACCCACUGGCACCAGCAGCAUUGAAGUGCCAGUACCGUGGCACUAAGCAGAGUGAGGUUGUGAUCAGAAAUGCAAACAUGCCGAGGCCUCAAGUGAUGCCUACGCAGGUCCUUUCUAGCGUCACUACAUAUAUGUCGGAGAAGGAAUUGCAGACGCCAAGUGGAGUGGUCAUACCUUCGAUGAUGCCGACCACCAAUCUGCUCUCAGGCCAGUUGUACGACAACAAGCACGCGAUAAGUCAGUUCAGCAGUGGCGAUGGCGGCACGAACGUGAAUUUGCCGAUGCAUUCCCAGGAAGGGUUCACACUGGUCCCGACAGCCAAGCUUCUGUCGCAGCUGCCGAACGGUUCACUGCUCACCGCGACGCCAGAACAUUUCCAGGUCAAUCAGCACGUUGGCUUGCCGCCCCUUUCCCCGGGUUUCUUGUCCAGUACGGCGCUCCAUAAUUCGACCGUCGGCCUCUUAGCCAACGGCACACAGUUCAUGAACCCUCCUGGCAAUCAGCUGAUGUACACGAACCCCAGCAUGCAUGCGGCAGGCAUCUAAGCAGCAGCCGCCGCUGUUGAGUGGUGGUGAUGUUGCCGGACAUGGUGUUACCGGUUUUGGCGAUAGUGGUGGUGUGACCACCCAUACAUAUUCAUGAUUAUAAUAAUAUAACUUUAGCAUCUUCCUGUUGCCACCCCUUGGCCCAUGCACUAGUCCACUCCAUACUUGCAUUCUGGUAUUAGGCUAGGAUUCUUUUUAAUUGGAAAUUAUAUGUACAAUCUGCCAACGGCGUCUAUUGUUGUCCUUCGUGGACUGUGACUUGCGUGCAUAGUCUAUGAUCAUGCCUGGCUUGCUAGGUGAUAACAAGCAUCUACUGCAAGCAUGCAUCCAGUGCAUGCUAAUUUAAGGUGUGCGC